GAUCGCCGAUGAAGUGUGUGUGCUCAGACGCCGUGUAGAAAUAACACAUAAGCUUGGGAUAAAUGUAAUAAUGCAGCCUCCUCCAAGAAAGGGAAACUACUUGAAAGUUUGUAAAAACUUACAUGGUGAGCAGGUUGCCAAGUUACAAGCCAAAAAUCAACAAGAAUGUGACUUAUUAGAAGAUAUUAGAAAUUUUACAAAGCAAAGAUCAGCAAUAGAAAAGAGUUAUGGGGAGGCUCUUUGUAAAAUUGCCGCCAAUUACCAAAACAGGAAGAUAGCGUGUGUGCCAGACAUACGCCUGGAAGAUGGAUCCGAUGCCUGGCUUGCCAUCCAACAGCUUUCAGAACAGCUGAAAGUCAUACAGAAUGAGCUUCAGACCCAAGUACAAGACUUGGACAGAACGAAGAAGGUCUAUUACGAGGAAGAACACGUAGCUCACGAUGCAAGAGAGAAGGCCAGCGCUGCGGAAGAGAAACUCAAGAGGAAAAAAGGCUCGAUAUUCCAGUCUAUACAAUCGCUACAGAAGAAUAGCGCGAAGUUUUCAGCGAAACGUGAUAUCUGCGACGAGAAAUCAGCCGGUGCCCGCAAUGAUUACCUCCUGGCACUCACAGCCGCCAACACGCACCAAAGACGCUACUAUGAAAUCGACUUCGAAAGAGUGCUCCGGACAAUGGAGUGUGACAUGUACGACAAGGUGGCCGGUUACCUGACCCUCAUGAGCCGGACGGAGCUGCUAACCUGUUCGGCUUCACAGGUUUCCUAUACCAGGAUCCGAGAGCAGGCCAGCACGAUUACCAGAGGCUACAACCUGCGCUGCUACCUCACCUUCUACCCUAUGCUGGGCCAGAAUAUCAAUUACGAUUAUGAACCUUGCGAGGGCGACAAAAUAGACAAGCUUGUGGUUCACGAUGAGACCUGCCAGGGUAUCUUGGACAAUGAGGGCAAGAAAGCGGUUACCGUUGUGCAGAAGGAGACGAAGCUGAUUCGCGACGUAACCAAGAAGCUGCAGAAGGUGCAGGCGACGAUCAAGACGGAGGUCGACCUCACUCCCGACGUGGAGGCCAAGGUGGACGAGCUGAGGAACAUCAUCCGAAAGGCGGAAACGCACAAGUGCAAAGCGGAGGCUAAGUUAGAGCUGCUCAAGGAAGGAGGAAUCGAGAUCGAGGACUACUCCAAGAGCCUGGACAGCGACAGCCUCGGCGUGGACCUCGACGUGUCCCUCAGCCGCUCUGGGUCGUCGCUCUCCGUCAGAGAAGAGAUCGAAGGCGCGCCGACGGAGUAUGAAAACGAACAACAGGACUCGGACUAUAAUGCGACAUCUACAGCGGAACCUGUUUCUAUAGAUUCAGAGAAGGAGGAUAGUAUUCAACUACAACCACAACAGCCUCCUCAACAACCACAACAACCGGAAGAACUCAAACUAGGGGAGCCGACCAUGUGGGAUCCGACGAACGUGGACUGGGGAGACGCACCGGUAUCCCCCCUGCCCCCAGUAACCAACGGCCCACCGGAGGAACCAGGAACUUACCCCAAGUGCAUUGUGCUGUACAACUACACUGCCCAAAAUCCCGACGAACUCAGUAUUAUCGAGAACGAAGAACUGGAACUCCUGGGCGAGGGAGACGGCGACGGCUGGGUGAAGGCGAGGAACUACAAGGGAGAGGUGGGCUACAUCCCCCAGAACUACGUGGAGGAGGAGGAGAGCGGGUCGGCGCCCCCCCAGCAGCCCGACUUCGCCACCUUCCCCGAGAUGACUCCUGCGACCGCCAAGCCCGAGGGCACUCAGAGGGGCAUGUCCUUCUCCUCCGUGGAGUACAAUCUAGAGACCGAGGAAGAAAUGGCGGCCCCAGUUUCUUUCUCCUCCAUCGAUUACAGCAUCGAGGGUGGCGAGGAAUACCCUGCCACAGAGGACUUCCCCAGCGAGCCUCCCCCUGACCUCCCCCCACCAGCGCCCCCUGCUGAUACCCUGGAGAAGGCCCCUAUCAACUUGCCGACGUUGUCUCUGCCGGUGGACUCCUCUUCCUCCCACGGACUCGCCGAGUACUGCGUUGCUGUGUACGACUACGAGGCCACGUGUCCUGAGGAGAUCACCUUCUUCGAGGGUCAGCUGAUCAAGAUCCUCAAGCGGGCCGUGCAUGACGUGGACGACGGGUGGUGGGAAGGCGAGGUGGAUGGCCAGGUGGGGCUCUUCCCCUCCCUGGUGGUGGAAGAGUGUCGUUCUGAUGGAGAACCACUCACGCCUGAUGUGUUCACGUUCCAGGCCGUCUCGGGAGCCUCGCCGUGCACGACCCCGCCCCCCCACACGCCCCCUGAGGUCCCCGGCUUCCUCCUGCCGCCGGAACGCGUCAUUAUCACUCAGCCGACACCGGAGGUGGAGACCGCGGCGGAGGCGGCUGAGAAACCCGAGGAACCGUCGAAAGAAACACCAUCAAACUUCGACCAACCGAACUUCGAGCUGGAGCUGAGCGGAACGCAGCAGGAGCUCUACUCGAGGCAGUUCAGCUCUUCCCCCGAAAGCGAAACUACUGAGAAAGACCAACAAUACGCGGAGUUGGUGUCUAGUCCUGAUGUUUCCAACCAGGAGGGACGAGAUUUAGAAGCACAUGUGGUGGAGGUUUGUGUUCCACCAGAUUCGCCUCCUCUUCUAGAACCAUCCGACCAGGAGUCAAGUAAGAAGGGCAAGGACGGAAGCAGCGGACCUCCUCUGGACUCUAAACCUCCGGGUGGAAAAGACGACGGUCUCGGCGUGGCGCAGAUCAUCAUCACGGCCGCCACGCCCAUGGUGGAGAGUCACGAGGAGGAGCUCGGGGCCGCCGGGGAGGACUCGAGAGCCGAGGCCGACCAGGACCCGACGGAGGCGCACCACCCCGAGGCCGAGCGGUCCGAGUGCGAGGGUGAGGCGGUGCUGCUCGACGAGGAGGGCCGCCAGCCGCCUCCCCCACCCGCGCCCGAAGGUCCCAGGGAGAUGAGGGCGGGUCCGGAGCCGGAGGCCCAGCAGAAGGCGCAGCAGGGGGCGGAGCAGGGGGCCGAGGGGUCGGACUCCCCGUCGCCGAAAUCACCGAGCCCGAGCGACGGCCCCCCGGACCUCGACCCCGAGAAACUCAAGGCCUUAGAGAGAAUCAAGGAAUCCAAUGCUUAGUGGCGGCUGGCGGUGGGCGUGCGGGCGGGCGGGCGGUUGCGGGCGCCGGCGGCCUGCGGAGUGACUUUGUUGUAUUUGUAGAU